AUGAGCACCGUCGAUAAGCUGUGGCGGAAAGUCCGGGCUAAUCUGGGCGAUUUCAACGCUUGGAUUAGUUUACUUGAUGCCGUAGAAAAACAUAAUGACAUCGAAGUAUCAAGAAAGGCAUUUGACGCAUUUCUGGACCAUUUCCCUUACUGUUACGGCUACUGGAAGAAGUAUGCCGACCUGGAGCGGCACGCAGGCAACAAGGAACGAUCCCUUGAGAUAUACGCUAAAGGUGUUGAAGCCAUUCCUCUGAGUAUCGAUCUAUGGACUGCCUACCUGGAUGCAACUAUGGAGAUAGUUCACGGCCAAGAAGACUAUGAGACGCGUAUGCGGAAUCUCUAUGAGCUAGCUUUGGAAAAGGCGGGCAUGGAGUUCCGUUCGGAUGCUCUCUGGGAGCACUACAUCAGCUGGGAGAGUGGUCAUAAUCGGCUCCAACGAGCUCUGGCCAUCUACGAUCGCAUUCUCAAGACGCCUACACAACUCUACUUCCAGAAUUGGGAUAGCUUCAAGAAGUUGAUUGAGGAGAACAAGCCCGAAGAUGUGCUCUCCAGUACGGAAUUUGUGGGUCUGUUAGCCCGUGUGGCACCUGUUGCAGCCACCGCCUUGCGCAUAUCAAUGAAAGCUGCCCAGGAGAAUUGGGACAGUGACGGCACUGAACCUCCUACAACUGCUGCACCCCCGAAGAAGUCUGCUAUCGAGCAAGUCACAGAGCCCGAUAGGACUGCCGUCCGCCAAUUCAUAAUCGACUCUCGUGAGAAGGUCUACCAGGCUACGUAUCUGCAGAUUAUGAAACGCUGGUACUUCGAAGAAAAGAUACGCCGUCCAUACUUCCAUGUGAAACCGCUGGAAGAGGUGCAAAUAAAUAAUUGGGCCGAGUACCUCAGUUUUGAAGAGAACGAGGCCUCCACAGUGAUUGCAGAGUUUAAGGCUGCACAUCCAGACGCAGACCCUCUGUUAGACGCAGAGGUUCAGCUGGCACGAAAGCGGGUUCGCGUACUCUACGAACGCUGUCUAGUAGCGUGUGCUCUCUACGAGAAUUUCUGGAUACGCUAUGCAAAGUACCUUGAGGUGAGCCCCUUUUUGUGCGUCUUGCGCUUUACUGCACCCCCGGGAAAUGUGACAAUAAAUUUGGCUGCCUUGCACAACAUCUUUGAUUUAGUAUUUUGGGUGCCCAAAUACAAAGGGGGACCUUAG